GACCCUUAAACAACCUUGUGUGCACAAAUUUAAGUUUUUACUACCUCGUAGUUAGAGAUUUAGAUUUGUUAUUUUAUGUUUAUGUGAUCUUCAAGAUUUUGUGUUAUUAUAUAUAAAUAUUAGUUAUAUUGUUUUAGCAAAUAUUGAUUAUCACACACUGAAGCACUGAUUGUGUCGCACCGAAAGGUGACGCACUGAAAAACUGAAUGUGAACUACUGAAAGUGAUUAUGUGACGCACUGAAUGUGAACUGACUACGCAUUGAACUACUGAAUGUGACACACUGAAGGUGACUAACUGAAUAUGUUAUAUAUAUUGUUUGAUAUAUAGAUAUCGUUAAGAAAAUGUAUAUUGUAUUGUUGUUGUCCCACUGAGUAAACCCCGUUUACUCAGGCGUACAUUUGCCUUCUUAUGUACGUUAGGUUGCAAGGAUAUUCAGGAAAGCUUGGAUGAAUGGUUCAAGGGAAUAAAGACGCACAUGGAUUUUCAUAAAAGUUUAAAUUUUCAUAAAAGUUUAAAAUGUUUUGUACAAUAUUUCGACUUUUUGAAAAAAUGGAAAAGUUCUAUAAUUUAUGGAAUGAUGUUCUGACCUCUGAUGUACUGUAUAAGUGACACGUCAGCCCAAGCCGGGUUGGGGUGUUACAGUUAUGGUAUCAGAGCUUAGGCUCUUUCCUGUCGAUAAACAUUUUUAAAAAACAAAACCUGUGCGGUAAUGGGUAGACAUCAAACUAGAAUUUUAUCCCUCUAGAAAUUUGUUAUCAUCCUUCUCUUUUUCUAUGUUCUCAUAGAUGUCUCCGGUCAAAAGAACUAACCGACGCAGUUCACGUAGCUCUGGCACGACUUCUAGACGUCGUAAGAUUAAUGAUGCAGUCCAACGUGCGGUCGAGGGGUUACUCCCAAAUCUGAUUCAAACUGUCACCCAACAAAUGCACACUGAAGUACUCCCUGAUUUCAUGCAAACGGUUAUGCAGCAAAUGAAUGAUGCAAGGAGCACCCAACCACCUCCCACUCCUUCUCGUUCCCCAACUCCUCCUUGUUUUUCAACUCCCCCACAUUCGCCACAUUCGCCACCAAAAGGCAAGAAUGUGAAGGAUCUAAUUACACCACCCACUGUUGACAUUCACAAAUGGUUGUCUAGGUUUCAAAAACAACAACCAAGAUCCUUUAGUGUUGCAGCUACACCAAUAGAAGCACAAAAUUGGAUUGCUCACAUUGAGAAGAUCUUCGAAGUUCUAGGAGUGGGCGAUGAAUUUAAAACAAGGUUGGCUGCGUACAAACUGGAAGAUAACGCCCAAACCUGGUGGCAUACUGUGAAACAUGCCAGAGGCGGUGAUACGUUCGCUGCUACACUUCCAUGGGACAGUUUCAAAACACUGUUCUUCCAACAAUAUUUCCCGGUUGCCUUCCGUGAUGAAUACAUCCGAGAAUUUGCAUCCAUCAAACAAAGGGAGGACGAACCUAUGACUGAGUUCAUGGAGCGUUUCACGAGGCUUGCUAGCUUCGUCGGACCCAAUGCUGGAUCCCCAGCUGCGCAAGCCGGGAAAUUUAAAUGGGCAUUAUGUGAACGUAUUAAGUGGUUGGUUGUUAACCAAGACUUUAAAGACAUCACUGAAGUAGCUAAUGCAGUCCAAAAUCUGGAAAUAGCAAACAGAACUAUGAAGCUUCAGUAUGGUGGAGACAUCUUGAAAAAUCUGGCGUUAACCACUGGACAAACUUCCACCCAAAUCCCACUCACUGGAAACCAGAAGACAAGUUCUAAUCAGAACUCCCCACCUGCACCCCAGAAUAGCCAAGCGAUCGUUGCACAAACCCAUAAUCAACCCCGAAAACCAUGCUCCACAUGCGGAAAGACCCAUGGUGGAGUAUGCCUUAAACUCACAGGGGGUUGUUUCAGGUGUAAACAAACUGGACAUGCAAUCCAGAAUUGCCCCUUUCCCCCGAAGGAUACUGAAAAGAAGAUUACUACUGGAGCGAACGCUAUACCAGCUAAUAGAGGCGGAAGGGUUUUCGCUUUAAAGGUUCACAACAAACCAACUGAACACCAUGGGUAUGAUGUAAUUGGUCGCGAACCUUAACAAGAUGAAGGAUUUGCCCUUGUUUAAAUUAUACUCUUGUGCUUUCGAACCUUGUCUUUUCAGUGUAUGAACUUUUCUAAGUAUCGAAUAAACAUGUUGUCUUUUCUUAUAUAAUUUGCUGCUAUUACUGACAAAUGUGUUACUGUGCAAAUUUCGAGGACGAAAUUUAUUUUUAAGAGGGGUUGUAUUGUAAUACCUGAAUUUUUAAAUAAUAAAAUAUUACUCAUAUAAAAAAAACUAACGAAAAAAAAAAUACAUAUAGUUAGAUUAAUUAGUAAAUUAUAUAUGAAAAUCAUAAAUUAUUAUACUUAUCUUGUAUUAAGCAUGUGGCACUUAGUUGCCUCACUUCUUUGCCACUUUCUUUGAGGUAUCAACACCUGGACAAUUCUAAUGCAUACACUUUUAUUUAUAUAAUUUUGUUUCUUCUUGACAAAGAAAACGUAAGUACAAAACCGCAAUCUCAAAAUCCAACUAGUGAUAUCUCAUUUUCUCACACACUUGUGUAUUAUUCUAGCAACUUUCCUUCUGCAAUAAGGAUUUCACGAUUGUCUAGACGUAAUCUGUUAUCUCAGUUUGUGAUCAUCGCUUAAGGUACGGACCCUUGAACAACCUUGUGUGCACAAAUUUAAGUUUUUACUACCUCGUAGUUAGAGAUUUAGAUUUGUUAUUUUAUGUUUAUGUGAUCUUCAAGAUUUUGUGUUAUUAUAUAUAAAUAUUAGUUAUAUUGUUUUAGCAAAUAUUGAUUAUCACACACUGAAGCACUGAUUGUGUCGCAUCGAAAGGUGACGCACUGAAAAACUGAAUGUGAACUACUGAAAGUGAUUAUGUGACGCACUGAAUGUGAACUGACUACGCAUUGAACUACUGAAUGUGACACACUGAAGGUGACUAACUGAAUAUGUUAUAUAUAUUGUUUGAUAUAUAGAUAUCGUUAAGAAAAUGUAUAUUGUAUUGUUGUUGUCCCACUGAGUAAACCCCGUUUACUCAGGCGUACAUUUGCCUUCUUAUGUACGUUAGGUUGCAAGGAUAUUCAGGAAAGCUUGGAUGAAUGGUUCAAGGGAAUAAAGACGCACAUGGAUUUUCAUAAAAGUUUAAAAUGUUUUGUACAAUAUUUCGACUUUUUUGAAAUAAUGGAAAAGUUCUAUAAUUUAUGGAAUGAUGUUCUGACCUCUGAUGUACUGUAUAAGUGACACGUCAGCCCAAGCCGGGUUGGGGUGUUACAUCAUUUGUUAAUUAGUGUUGAUCGAUAGAACUCAGGUCACAUGAGGUGAUCAUUCAGGUUGUAGGUUCAGUUCAUUUGAACCAGUUCGCAUAAACUGAACUCAGGUUGCUUAAAAUCUCACCAGUUCAUACGAAGUUGGUCCAGAUAGUUUUAAACUGUCCAAUUCAUAUCAAAGUUCAAUUCGCACCAAAAUCCAUUUCGCACCAAAGUUGACAAAGUUGAUUGAACAACAACUCGUUCAGAGUACCUGUCCGAUUCAAGUUGUUUGAUAAUUUUUAAACUGAUUCGUUUCAGGUGAUUAAAAGGUGUUGUGAUUCGAGGAGUUAGCAUCAUGGCUGAAGAGUUUUACAACACGUUUUACAAGGCGUUUACGUCCGAGUCUUCCGAAACCUCAACUGUCACACCGAAAUUCAUUACAAAAGCGAUCAAUGAAAACAUUAAUCAUGACAACUUUUAUGGAACUCAUUCAAAACCGCCCAAGCUUGAUAGUAUUGAGGACUACACUUGGUGGAAAGAACGUUUCAUCAACUGCGCAAAAGCUUACGCGCACGAGAGCUGGUUUUGUUUGGAAUUUGGAUAUGAUAGACCUGUCAAUGAUAAAGGCGAAGAAAUCCCACUCAAAAGCUUAUCCAUAGAGGACAAAAAGGAAUUCUCAUCUGAACAGAGAAUGAUUGCUUUGAUCCAGUCAUCAAUUAGAGAUGACAUUUUUGCAUUGCUUAACCAUGAUGGGUCAUCAAAAUCUGUUUGGGAAGCUUUACGGGUUAAAGCUGAGGGGGGUAAACAAAUCAAGAAAAAUAAAAUUGCUUUAUUAAAGAAAGAAUUUGAUUUGUUUGAUAGCUUGAAAGGUGAAUCAGUUCGACAAAUGAUAGAAAGAUUUUGUCAUUUGAAAAUUGAACUUGAUAGGUUUGGUAUUGUUAAAACACGAGAGGAAAUAAUUGAUAAAAUCAUAGAAGCGUUACCAUGAGCUGAUCAGUGGCGAACGUUUGUUUUUAUUUUGAAAAAUGACGUGCUAUAUGAUACAAUUUCUCUUGAUGUUUUGAAAGAAAAAAUUGAAAGUCAUGAACUGGAGCUAAAAAAGCAAAGCAAGAUGAGCAGUUCUUCACAUCAUCAGAAUGUUGGUCUUUAUUACAAAGGUAACAUACCCUCGGUGAAAGCUGGUGAUUCACCAAAGACAACAUUUAGUGGUGAGAAGACAAAGGAAUCACAGACAAGCUCAUCAAGCUACAAUCCAGGAUAUCAUUCAUCUUCUUCAAAAGCAAACCCUGAAGAAUCAGAAGAAGUUCUCUGCAACAUCGCUCUGAAACUAAAGAAUUCUCCUGCCAUGAGCAUUAACUCUGCCAAGCAGCAAAUAAGCUUCCUUGCAUCUGUUCUGGAAUCAUAUGAAGGUCUAGUUGCAGGCAAAAUUGGAAAUUCUAAAUUGACCAAAGAAGACUAUGACCAGAUAGACCCAGCAGAAAUGGAACUCACUGACAUUCGUUGGUGUCUAGCUAGUUGCAUCCGAAGAGCUCAGAGGUAUAUGGAGAUUACUGGGAAACAUUCAAUUAGUGGUCCGUCAAUUAAGUUGGGAUUUGAUAAAUCCAAGUGACAUGUUUCAAAUGCAAGCAAAAAGGUCAUUUCAAGAGAGAAUGCAAUAAUUCUGCAGUUGAUGGAAAUGAACAUCCUUUCAAUGAUGAUUAUUACCGAAAGGCGAUCUACCACCGAAGCAAAGAAGAGCCAAAAUUGAUUGAAAACAAUACAAAAGAAAAGUCAAGAGCUUGUGCAGUUUUCCAUGAUGAUGAAGGAUAUGACUAGAGUGAAAUUCUUCCAGAAGAAGAUCGUAUUGAUUAUUGAUUCAAAAUUAGAACAAAGGAGGAUGCAGAAAUUCUUCACAGAAAACAUGAUCAUUAUGCUUUUGUUGCUGAAAUAAAGGAGAAAACCAGAGAAGAGAUUCUGAAUGAGAAAACUCCCAGAGAAAGAAGUAUAAUGGGAUACAGAAUGGAUAAAAUGCAAGAAGAGUAUGAAGAUGAUGUCAGCAGUAAAAGAUGGGACAAGAAUCGAGAGUGUUAUGUCAACAGAGAUAGUGAACCUGUUGUCCACAGGAGUGACAUAGUUCAUGAUGAUGUUCUUUUAGUAAUUCCUCGAUCCGACGAAUACUAUUCAAAUGUUGAAAAAGAUAAAACAUAUGUGAAAAGGCUGGAUAAAAUCAUAAGAGAUGCCAUGAUAUCAAGUUUGAGGAAGAGGGAUGAAGCAAGAAUGAAAAAAUGUUGAGUGUAUGGUAGAAGAGUUGAAGAAGGUGGCUGAAGAAGUGAAAGAAAAGGAAGAAAAAGUUGUUGUGAAUGAAGAAGUUGUGAAAGAAGCUGUUACUGAAAAACAGCAGGUUGUUGAAGAAGAAAUUAAGAAGAAAGAAGAAAGAGAAGU